CGUUGCAAUCUUACAACUUUAAUCAGUGUUUGGAUAAGUAUUUAACUGCAUCAUUAUAAUGAGAUUCAUUACAGUACUGUGUGUUACUCGGCUUGUUCGUUGACUUGAAACCCGUGACAUAAUUUCGGGAACAGGUUUUUGGAAGUUGGUGGUAUAAAGUAUGUUUGUGUGACCUUGCUCUUUAUCAUUAUCAUUCGUAUCGUAAUUCGAGCGUCAACUGUGAGUAUUGAGUUAGUACGUUUGGGCAGUUUCAGCGAUAUAACAUCAGUAUUCAGUUCUUAUCAGCAUUUAAUAAAAUGGCUACGAGAUCGCUCCUAAAAACUACAAAAUUAGGCGUUUAUUCAAGACAAUGUCUGAAGACACUGGGUCAGCAGCGUACCUUCACAACGAAGCUUACAGAACAGCAACAAUCCAUUCAGGAACUGGUCAGAAACUUUGCUCAACAGCAUUUAAAGCCUAAUGCAGCUAAACAUGACAAAGAAGCUCUGUUUCCAUUUGAACCUAUCAGACAAAUAAAAGAAAUGGGACUCAUGGGUGCGUGCGCCAGUGAAGACUACGGUGGUAUGGGCAUGGACUAUUUAUCUCUGGCAUUAGCAGUGGAAGAGCUGUCUCGCGGCUGCGCCAGUACCGGCCUGAUCGUCUCCAUACACAACUUCCUCUAUCUAAACCUGGUCAAUGAGAAGGGAACACCAGAACAGAAGGAGUUGUUCCUAAAGGACUUCACUCGAAACUGUAUUGGUUGCUUCGCGUUGAGUGAGCCAGGCGCGGGUACAGAUGUAGCAGGGAUAAGGACGAGAGCCAAGAAGGAUGGUGACUCCUGGAUCCUGAACGGCACGAAGCACUGGGUCACGAAUGCUCUGGAAGGCAAAGCCCUCGUUACUUUCGCUACAAUCGACCCAGAACUCAGGCACAAAGGACUUGCUUGUUUCCUGGUUCCCGUAGACACUGAAGGUAUUUUUAGAGGUAAAAAGGAACGCAUAAUGAGUGUCAGCACGUCUGACAGGGCGGCGACAGCGUGCACCGUAACGUUGGAAGAUGUCCGCCUUCCUGACAGCUACAUGGUGGGGCAACCUGGUGAGGGAUUCCGGAUCGCAAUGGAGCAACUCGAUCAGGCCCGUAUCGGUAUCGCCGCUCAUGCCGUUGGUAUUGCUCAAUCAGCGCUGGACACAGCUAUCUCCUACGCAAAGCAGAGGGUAGCAUUCGGCAAACCAUUGACCAGAGUGGCUUCUGUAAAGGACCGUCUAACAGAGAUGUGUAUGUUAGUGGAGACGGCUCGCCUCGUCACGUACCGCGCGGCCGUCGACGUCAGUACCAAGAACAGUGCGAUGGCCAAGUACAUUGCUGGAAGGAACGCCGCCGCUGUCGCAGACCACUGCGUACAAAUUCUUGGAGGACGCGGCCUGUCCGUCAAUUAUGACGGCGAACGGCAUUAUAGGGACGCAAGAGGUACACAGAUAUACGGCGGAGUGACAGACAUACAGAAGAGGCUUGUCGGCCACUUCCUACUAAAGGAACACGACGCCCUCUAAUCAUACUCAGUAACACACUCUAGUCUAGCUAAUACAGGACCUCUAGUAUACAGUAUCCAGCUAGUACUUCAAUCUGUCUCAUUUAUUGAAUUUUCGACUUUAUGUCAAAGUAAUAAAGUCGAAAAUCGAAUUAAGAAGAAUUGACAGAUAUGGGUAGGUUGAUCUGCUGGCCAGUUUUAUGUAGCUAACAGAAACAAUACUGUUUUUUUCUUAAUCGUAACCUCGAAUUCAUUAAGGAAAAUCUACAUUUGAAACCAUAGACUAAAAUUAUUUUUCUUAAAUAGAACCCGUGUUUUGGAUAAGGAAAAGUGUCAUGCUAUCUUUGUCCGUUGAAGGAGUCCUAAUGUAACUAACUCAAAUUGAGCGUUAUAUUUUUGAUGAUAUAAUAACCAUCGCCUUCUGUAUGAUAUGUUUUUCUAUUGAAUUCGAGGCUCUUUUACAUCGUUAGUUCCGCGGCUUUUGGCGGCUAAGUCACAAAUGUAAUAAUUACGUAGUUUCUUUUUAUGGCCCGUUUGAAUGAUACGAACUUAGGAUUUCUUUUCUCUGUCUAUUUUAAUAAAUAUUUGUGCCAAUAUCGAUUGUAUAUUUUAUCUUAAAUAUUUAAAUUUUCUUGCAUUAUGUUCGUUUCUUGUUUAUUGUUCAUUACAAUACUAUUUUUGUAUCUUGACACUCUUGUCAACUUUUUUCAUUAAAAUUUGAAUAGAUUUAUUUGGAACGUAUACAAUUUCGGCAUAAUACCUAUAAUUAAAAGACUUAAAAGGCUAAUUUAUCAAAAUCAUAUUGUUGUAAUUAAUUAAAAAUAUUUUAAAAUCAUAAUAAUUAUUGUAUCGUAUUUUCGAGUACAACUGUAAGAUGAAAUAACCAUGAAUAGUAGAAAUGUCGGAAUACGAAAUAUUCAUCACGUUGAAUCAUUUGGUCCAAUACUAUAAAGAAUAUAGGAAUCUGGAAGAUAUCCAAAUAAUUGCAACAUACAUAGUGUCGAAACUAUAAUUAGUCGAAAAUCCACUUAAACCGCCAUAAAAUAAUUUUAUUGACGACAGAAAUGCGCUUCUAGCGUUAAUGACUAUAUGGCUCUUACAGUUGUUAUCUCAAUCGUAAUAUUAAGGGCAUCGCAUUUAUAAACGUAACCGUAGACAAUAUAACGUACUUAAAUGGAACACAUUCCAUUUUUUGAAUUUUCAAACGAGUAUUGUUCGUUGUGGUGCUAACUUGCUAAGAUUGUUUUUUUUUCGUAGCUUUUUUGUAGACGAUGAAACUAUUUGGUUUGUACUUAUUUUUUUUAGCUUUGUUAUGAACUUGGUGCGGUAAGAAUUUAUUGUUGUUGACUUGUUUACGUUCUUAUGGCUUUAUAAAUAAGGUUGAAUGUAGUUUUGUACUGUUUUCAUUGGCCGCAUAUCGUUGACCUUUUCUUUGUGGUUUGAGUUGAUGGAAUUACCAAGGGACUGAUUUAGCAUAAAUGCAAAUAGUACAACUGUUGAAUAUUGUGUCUAUCGCAUAAUAAAUAAGUAUAUAAAUUAUAUGUUAUACUAUCCUGUUGUAUAUAAUUUAUAGGGGCCAGUAUAUAAUACGUAAACUACUUAAGUUUAAAUGUUGGUUAUAUCAAAACACGAGUCUUCGCAUAAAAUAAGAAAUAAAAUGUUCAAUAUUAUUAUUUCGUAUUGUACUGUUAUUUUAAUAAAAAUAUAU